AUGCCGCUUGAAUUGGAUGAAUAUUAUCGUGGGCAAUUAUUUGCAGUAUCAGAAACGAGUAAAAAUGAGACAGGAGGAGGCGACGGCGUUAUGGUGCUGGAAAAUGAAGACUUCACAAGUACGACAGUCCGUCCGGGACAUUCUAUUACCGGUGUUUACACACACAAAAUUUAUCGUACUAAGUCGAAAUCGCCGUGGGCUUUACGUAGAUUAUUUCCGGACGCAGCAUUCGUGUUACACGAACAAUGCUGGAAUGCAUUCCCAUAUUGUAAAACAAUUAUUAAGAAUCCGGAUUAUAUGAAGGAUGGUUUCUACAUUAGUAUUGAAUCGAUGCAUCUACCGGACAACGGCAAUACCGAAAAUGCAUUGGAUUUAAGUCCGGAAUUAUUAAAGAAGCGAGAGGUAAUCGUUAUUGAUAUCUAUGAUGACAGCCUGUUGAAAAAAUCGGAUAUCACACCUGAAACAGAUGUACGGGAAUUUAAAUCUAAAAAGACUGGCCGUGGAAAAUUGCCGAAAGAUUGGAUUGAGACAACUAAACCAGUGAUGUGUUGUUAUAAAGUAGUACAGGUAUAUUUUAAAAUGUUCGGAUUUCAAACAAUGGUGGAACACAUCCUCCAAAGACAGUACCCACGAAUAUUUGCCAAAUUCAAUCGGGAGUUAUACUGCUGGAUCGAUCGAUGGUACGAUAUGACGAUUGAGGAUAUCAAGAAAAUGGAGAGAGAAGCAAUGGAGGAAUUGAAAAAACAAAUUGACGAGCCCGAAAAACGUGGAACAGUAUGCGAUGUAGAUGAUAAAAAGUUGGAUGAUAAAGGGUCAUCUUAA